AGGGUUUUCGCCGCGCCUUCCUUUUUCUGGUUGCAUCGCCGCGUGGUGAGGAGCUCUCGUCUACGCCAUCGGCCAUGCCGUCCAAGGGUCCGUUGCAGUCUGUACAAGUCUUCGGGCGCAAGAAGACCGCCACAGCCGUGGCGCACUGCAAGAGGGGCAACGGCCUCAUCAAGGUGAACGGACGGCCCCUGGAGAUGAUCGAGCCGCGCACAUUGCAGUACAAGCUAUUAGAGCCUGUUCUGCUUCUGGGCAAAGAACGGUUUGCCGGUGUGGACAUCCGCGUCCGUGUGAAGGGUGGCGGUCACGUGGCCCAGAUUUAUGCAAUACGCCAGUGCAUCUCCAAAGCCUUGGUUGCUUAUUACCAGAAAUAUGUGGAUGAGGCUUCCAAGAAGGAAAUCAAAGAUAUCCUCAUCCAGUAUGAUCGGACACUGCUAGUGGCUGACCCCCGACGCUGUGAGUCCAAGAAGUUCGGGGGUCCUGGUGCCCGCGCUCGCUACCAGAAAUCCUACCGAUAACCCACCACGACGAACGGGGUUCACCUUUGGAAUAAACAAGGGUUAUGGAAUUUUAAGGUUCAAA